UUUUCUAUUCUUUCGUUCUUCAGUUUCGUUCUCGCUAUCAUUCCAUUCUCCUGGCAGGCCGAAGCAUGGAAUACCGGAGUCUUUCUCUACAUGGCCUGGACGGCCGUGCAAUCGCUUAAUGUGUUCAUCAACUCCGUAUUAUGGCGGAAUAACGCCAUCAACUGGUCACCGGUAUGGUGUGAUAUCUCGACUCGUAUAUACAUCGGGACCAAUGUCGCAAUCCCUCUCGUUUCCUUCUGUAUCAACAGAACCCUCAACCAAAUUAUCACCCGGCCGCUCUCGAUCUCCAAGGACACGAAAAAGCGUCGUCUUCUCAUCGACCUCGCAAUAGGCUUGGGCCUCCCAAUCCUGGAAAUUGUGCUGAGCUACAUUGUUCAAGGACAUCGAUUCGACAUCCUCGAGGAGAUAGGCUGUUGGCCAGCAAUAUACAACACCCCUCCUACUUUCGCGCUUGUCUAUUGCUGGCCACUGGUCAUCUCUACCUUGACAUCAGUGUACAGCGUGCUCACAGUUCGAGCCCUUCUGAAGAGCCGCUCGAAAACUCUUGGACAGUACACGGUCCUCUCUAGACACCGACUCAGCCGACUUCUUGCUCUAGCAAGUCUGGAAGCAAUCGUCGGCCUACCGGUCUCCGCAUACUUCCUCAGCAUCAAUGCCGAUGAAAUCAACCCGUGGGUGAGCUGGAGUGACACCCACUUCAACUUUUCGCGUUUAGGCCAAAUCCCAUCGCUCUUGUGGAGGUCGGACAGCCGGGCUGUCCUGGCUAUCGAGCUCAGUCGAUGGAACAUUAUCAUUUGUAGCUUCCUAUUCUUCGCAUUCUUUGGUCUGGCUGAGGAAGCCAUAGCACGCUACCGGGACGCAUUUCGCUACAUUUUAAGCAGAUUG